AUGAGUGAAAACUUGAAGGACUGUUUGAUCCAAACCCAGACUUCCAUAGGGGAGAUGGUGACGAUAAAAACAGAGGCCUGCUCUCUGCACCAGGACCAGGAGUAUGGACAGCCUUGCUCUGGAAGGCCUGACCCACAGUCCAUGGAGGUGGAGCCCAAGAAACUGAAAGGGAAACGGGAUUUGAUCAUGACCAAGAGCUUUCAGCAAGUGGAUUUCUGGUUCUGCGAGUCCUGCCAGGAGUACUUUGUGGAUGAGUGCCCAAACCACGGCCCCCCUGUGUUCGUGUCUGACACCCCAGUGCCCGUGGGCAUCCCUGACCGGGCAGCCCUGACCAUCCCGCCCGGAAUGGAGGUGGUGAAAGAGCCCAGCGGGGAGAACGACGUGCGCUGUAUGAAUGAGGUGAUCCCCAAAGGUCACAUCUUCGGGCCGUACGAGGGGCAGAUCUCUAGCCAGGACAAGUCUGCAGGAUUCUUCUCGUGGCUGGGGAGUGAAAUCGUUGAUAAGAACAACCGCUACAAAUCCAUCGAUGGGACGGAUGAAACCAAAGCAAACUGGAUGAGGUACGUGAUCAUCUCCCGGGAGGAGAGGGAGCAGAACCUGAUGGCCUUCCAGCACAGCGAGAGGAUUUACUUCCGAGCAUGCCGCGACAUCCGCCCUGGGGAGAAGCUGCGGGUCUGGUACAGCGAGGAUUACAUGAAGCGGUUGCACAGUAUGUCCCAGGAGACCAUCCACCGAAAUCUCACAAGUGGAGACAAAAAGCUGCAGAGGGAAAAGCCAGAAAAGAACACAGAGGAUCAUGAGGACGCGAAGGGGCUGCUCCAGCUCACCACCCUAAAGCAGGGAUACAAGCGCAGCUGUGACGAGGGGGAGUCCCACCCCCAAACAAAGAAAAAAAAGAUCGACCUCAUCUUCAAAGACGUCCUGGAGGCUUCCUUGGAGUCCGCCAAGUUUGGAGAGAACCAGUUAGCCACGAGCACGCCGCUUGCCAUCAGAAAAGCAUCUCGGUACCAGGCUGAAGACAUCUUCGAGAGGUGUGGCAGCGCCAUGCAGCACGGCUCCCUGAACCUCGGCAGAAACCGGAGCGAGGGGGAAUGGAAGAUCCCCCAUGGUUCCUCUUUCAGCUCAGCCAAAGAGGUGGGCAUCCUCGAAGACGAGGAAGAAGAGCCCCUGUCCCUCACAGCGGACAGCCCGACCGAGCUGUCCCUGGCCUCUGCACAAGGCAACUCCCACGAAAUCCCCACCACCUCCUUCUGCCCCAACUGCAUCCGGCUGAAGAAGAAGAUCCGGGAGCUGCAGGCUGAGCUAGACAUGCUGAGAUCUGGGAAGCUACCUGAGCCGUCCGUGUUACCGCCCCAGGUACCCGAGCUCCAAGAGUUCUCGGACCCCACAGCUUCAGAAAGCAUCAUCUCUGUUCCCACCAUCAUGGAGGACGAUGACCAAGAAGUGGAUUCUGCCGAUGAAUCGGUUUCCAAUGACAUGAUUGCUGCUACAGACGAGCCUUCCAAGAUGUCUUCUGCGACGGGCCGGAGGAUACGGCGGUUCAAGCAAGAGUGGCUUAAGAAGUUCUGGUUUCUGCGGUACUCCCCGACAUUGAAUGAAAUGUGGUGCCACGUCUGUAGGCAGUACACGGUGCAAUCCUCUCGGACUUCGGCCUUCAUCAUUGGCUCCAAGCAGUUCAAGAUACACACAAUAAAGCUUCACAGCCAGAGCAACCUCCACAAGAAGUGCCUGCAGCUCUACAAGCUCAGGAUGCAUCCGGAGAAGACGGAAGAGAUGUGCCGAAACAUGACCCUGCUCUUCAACACAGCCUACCACCUGGCCCUGGAGGGAAGGCCCUACUACGACUUUCGGCCGCUGGCGGAACUACUGAGAAAGUGCGAACUCAAGGUAGUGGAUCAGUACAUGAACGAGGGAGACUGCCAGAUCCUGAUCCACCACAUCGCCCGGGCUCUUCGGGAGGACCUGGUAGAACGCAUUCUCAGCAUCAUUCUGGACGGGCAGAGCGAUGACGUGCUUGCGGACACAGUGGCGGUCUACGUGCAGUACACAAGCAGCGACGGGCCGCCGGCGACCGAAUUCCUGUCUCUGCAGGAGCUGGGCUUUUCUACCACAGACAGUUACCUCCAAGCAUUAGACAGGGCUUUCUCCAGCCUGGGAAUACGGUUGCAGGAUGAGAAGCCAACUAUUGGCUUGGGUGUCGAUGGUGCCAACAUCACCGCCAGCCUGAGAGCCAACCUGUUCAUGACAAUCAGGAAGACCUUGCCCUGGCUUCUGUGCCUGCCCUUCAUGGUGCACAGGCCCCACUUAGAAAUUCUGGAUGCCAUCAGCGGGAAGGAGCUGCCCUGCCUGGAGGAGCUCGAAAACAAUUUGAAGCAGCUGCUCAGCUUCUAUCGUUACUCUCCCCGACUCAUGUGUGAGCUGAGGGUGACCGCGGCCACUCUGUGCGAGGAGACCGAGUUCUUGGGGGACAUCCGAGCGGUGAAGUGGAUCAUCGGGGAGCAGAAUGUGCUCAAUGCUCUCAUCAAGGAUUACCUUGAGGUCGUGGCCCAUCUCAAAGAUGUCAGCGGCCAGACGCAGAGGGCGGAUGCUUCUGCCAUCGCCUUGGCCCUCCUGCAGUUCCUCAUGGACUACCAGUCGAUCAAACUCAUCUACUUCCUGCUGGAUGUGAUUGCUGUGCUCUCACGCCUCGCCUAUGUCUUCCAAGGGGAGUACCUCCUCGUGUCGCAGGUGGACGACAAAAUAGAGGAGGCCAUCCAGGAGAUCAGCCGGCUGGCAGACUCGCCUGGGGAGUACUUGCAGGAGUUUGAGGAGAACUUCCGUGAAAGCUUUAAUGGCAUCGCCGUGAAAAACUUACGGGUGGCUGAAGCCAAAUUCCAGUCGAUCAGAGAAAAGAUCUGCCAGAAGACCCAGGUGAUCCUAGCCCAGAGGUUCGAUUCCCGUAGCCGGACAUUCGUGAAGGCCUGUCAGGUGUUUGACCUCGCCGCUUGGCCCAGAAGCACUGAUGAGCUCAUGAGCUACGGGAAGGAGGAUAUGGUACAAAUAUUCGAGCACCUGGAGACAGUCCCGUCGUUCUCCAGAGAGGUUUGCAGAGAGGGGAUGGACACCCGAGGCAGCCUGCUGACGGAGUGGCGAGAACUCAAGGUGGAUUAUUAUACCAAAAAUGGUUUUAAAGACUUGCUCGGUCACAUUUGUAAAUACAAACAGAGGUUCCCCCUCUUAAAUAAGAUAGUUCAGAUCCUCAAAGUCCUCCCCACCUCGUCGUCCUGCUGCGAGAAGGGCCGCAACGCCCUGCAGCGAGUACGCAAGAACAACCGCUCCCGGCUCAC